CCCAACGGUCAUAAAUCCCCAAAUUCUCAAAUCCCAGCUCCGCAGGUGCUCCCACACUAUGAGUCUUCUUCUUCAGUCCUUCUCAGAGGCCAUGGAUUCGCGGAACCUCCAGGUCUGGAACAACGCCGCCUUCGACGCCGCCGCCGAUGGAGGUUCUUGCAAAGAGAACCGCAGCCCUCGCUCUCCCCUACAAGAACUCUGCAGGAAGGGGGUCAAGGUUCUUGAUGACGAUCUGGAUGAGAGCAAGAUCGAUGCUGAGAUUGAGGAGAUCGAGAGGGAAAUCAGAAGGCUGUCGGCGAGGCUCGAUGCACUUAAGAUUAAGAAGAUGGGGAGGGAUUCGAAGGCCUCGGCGGGGAACGCGCGGCGUGGCGGGAGGAUUGUGCCGGCGAAGUUCAUGGAGCCGAGCGUGAAGAAGAUUGAGGAAUCGCCGGGGAGUGUGAGGAGCCGGAGGAGAGGGCUCAGCCUUGGCCCGGCAGAGAUCUCGAAGCUGGAUUCGAGCCGGAAGUUGUGUUUCCUGAAGCUCGAUGGCGUAGAGGAGGAUAAGGAGCCGAGGAGUUGGAGCAAAACGCCGAAGCCUUGGCCUUCUAUUUCACGGGGGACGACGCCCAUUGGAUUGGGUAAGGCUGCGCAGAGUCCGGCGGGAGCCAGAGAUGCGAUAGUCCCGCGAAGGGGAAUGAGCCUUGGACCAUCGGAAAUCUUCUCAGCAACACGGCUCCGUCCGCAGAGCAAGCUUCAAGAGAUCAAGGAAAAGGAGGUUAUGGGCAAAGAGAGAGGCCGGAGUUCAAGCACAAGCCCAAAGUCUCGGCGAGCAACGGAUUCAAAAAUCUCUGACCUGAGGAAAGGAAUUGCAACAGUUGGACCAAAGAAAACUGUUAAGAAAGAAGAUACACCAUUGACAAACCUUAAACCCAAGGCUCUCUUCCAAGAACCCAAGAAUUCCAUCACUGGGAAAAGGCCAAUGAAGAUUGUCAAGGGGAGAGUGGUGCCAAGUCGCUAUAGCCUGGUUAAUUCCCGUACUACUGGAGAUGAGCAGGGGAGCAAGAGAAGGAAGUGGUCAUUGCCAGAGGUUGGCAAGGAAGAAGCUCCUGCAGAUGAAAGCAAGCGUUCACUGUCUCUUGGUGAAGUAGAGGUUCGCUCUAUGAUUGCUCAUUCUCCUCCAUCCAUAAUGAAGGUUGCUGCAUUGCUUCCUAAGAUCAGAACCACUCGGUGUGCUGCACAGAGUCCCCGAGAUUCUGGACGUGCCAAGAGAGUUGCUGAAUUGGUUGGGAAGACGUCACAUUUUGGCACAGCAACUGAUGAUGGUACUUGCUCCCCUUGUCAGAGCCUGAACUUUGAUGAAGAACAAUAGUAAGAUGAUUUUCAUCCAAUGCUAUUUUCUAUAAGGAAUUGCUUAAUCUAGUGAUGAAGUAGAUUUUGUGAAUUUUUGAGUUGCAUGUGUGGAUUAGCUUCUGUGAUUCUCUGUGGUUUUGAGGUUCUGGGAUUUUUCAUGUCUAGUGAAGUUGUCUAGUCUCUCUAUGCUUGCAGACACCAUUGUUCAAAUCUUGAGCAUUUGUAACUAUGGAAUGGGCCAAAAGUUUAUCUUGGCCCUUCAAACAUUUUCUAGGGAAUAUUAUGUCAUUAAGUCUGA